AUGAAGUUCUCGACACAGGUCUUGGCGAUCCUCGCUUUGGCCGCCUCGACCGUGUCAGCAAAGGGUCGCAGUCCCAAGUGUACUUGUUGUUCGGCUCUUGCCAGAGAUGAGAAUCUCAAAGGCAAGGUCUAUGGCCAAGACAGUGCUGUCUACGAUGCUCGAUUAAAGUCGUACUAUUCAGCCAACGCCGCCCAAGAAGCAUGGUGUAUGGUUCUGCCUGAGAACACAGAAGAUGUCUCAGCACUCGCCAAGAUCAUCUCUAAACACGAGUGUCCUUUCGGUAUCCGGAGCGGUGCUCACUCAGCAUGGAAGGGGUCCAAUGGCGUCAAGACUGGCGUGACCGUUGACUUCGGCUACAUGAACGCUACGACGUACGAUGAAAACACCAAAGUCGCUUCCAUCCAGCCCGGAGCCAAUUGGGGCAUGGUGUACAAGGCUCUCGAUCCUUAUGGUGUCACGGCAGUCGGAGGAAGAGCCUCUGUGGUUGGUGUCGGUGGCUUCACCACUGGCGGUGGCUAUUCAUUCCACACCAACCUCCGUGGCUUUUCUUGCGAUCAAGUCACCAAUUUCGAAAUUGUUCUUGCUGAUGGUUCGGUGGUGAACGCAAACGAGAACGAAAAUGCCGAUCUCUGGAAGGUACAGAAAGGAGGGUCUGGAAAUUUUGGUUUCGUCACGAAGAUUGAUCAGAACACCGUCGACUCGACUCAAAUGUGGGGUGGCUUUGUCACGUACAAUCAAACCGAGAGAGAUGCCGUCUUCGACGCCUACAUGAACUUCGCCGAUCACAUGGACGAAGACCUCGCCAGCCAGAAUAUUGUUGCUCUCUACUACGAUAAGACGGGCUUCACUCUUCGAUCCAUCUUGAGCAAUGUCGACGCCAAGGAUAAUGCUCCGGCAUUCAACGAUUACUUCGCCAUUCCCAACAUCUCCACCACGGCUGCUGUCGGUGCUGUCUCAGAUCUGGUUCCUCAGUUCACCGGUCCGACGCCUCUUGGCCUUUAUGCCAACUGGCUUGUUGGUCAAACCGCCCAUGACGUCCGCAUUCUGAACUUCAUUGACGAGAAGCUCAAAGAAUACGCACCCAAGAUGAAGGCCGCCGCACCUGAAUCUGACUUCAAUGUCUUGAUCCAGUUCCAGCCCGUCACUCAAUCCAUUGUGCAACACAGCGCAAAGUCUGGCGGCAAUGUGCUUGGUCUCGAAGAUGUAGUUGCCGAUGGUCCGACUCUUAUGUGGCUCAUCGCCUUGACGGUCGAUACUGAGCCUAAUCAGGAGAUCCUGCUCCCAUACGCUUUGCAAUUCCGGGCCGCUAUUGACACCUACGCCAAGGACCUCGGACUGUACAAGGACUGGAAGUACACCAACUAUGCUUGGGGCGACCAAGACCCCUUGGCUACUCACGGGUACAAGAACUUCGACUUCAUGAGCGAGGUUGCCGAGCAGUACGACCCUGAGGGUGUUUUCCAGAACCUCCGCAGAACAGGCUUCAAGCUUGCAUAA